AUGAGAGUUCUAAAGUUCUUAACGUUUAGUUUUCUUCUUGGAGUAACAAAAGUUUCAUGUCAGAUCUACAACAAGUCAUGCUUCAUCAAUUAUAUGAUAAAACAUGAACUACUCGAACGAUCAUAUCAAGCUUACAGUAAAGGUGGAACAGUUGAUCAAAAAUGUGAAGCACAUGUGAAUUCAACAGUAAAUAAAUUAAGAUCAGCAUCAAAUGAUUCGUGCGUUUCGGAGUUUCUUAAAAAGAAAUAUGUCAGUGAAACGUUAAUCAAAGAAUAUUUGAAACCACAAUUUAAUCAAUCAAGUCAAAUGGUGAAGUUUGAUGACAGAUUUAAAAUCUUUCAAAGAAAAGCAGUGAACAUAACGAAACUUAUUUGCCAAAAUAAGGAUGUUUUUCAACCUGAUCUUUAUCAAAUAAUGAGGAGAGGAAGACGACAGAAGGACGAUAAAACUAAAGAGAUUGAAUGUCUUCAAACGUACAUAAUGAAUAAGAACAAACCUCUCAGUGAUGAAUGCUCAAAAAUCAUCAAUAAAAUUAAAGAUGAAUUCUAUAGUCAAAGGGAAACUGAACUGAAACGCGUGUUCGCGAAGCCAAAUGACAAACUAGUUGACCUCAAAUGUUCAGGAGAGAAAGCAAUGAAGAAGAGAAUGUUUGAGAAAAUUUUCUUUUUUGUCGUAUUAGCAGCAACAAAGAACAUGAAUAAUCAACAAAUCGAUGCAUUGAUAAAGAAGAUCGAAGGUCAGAUUGGCAGUGCAACGCGAGUAUUGUACGAGUGUAUAAUUUAA